AUGCUGCCGGAAACGCCUCUCACCUUUCAGUACAAGGAGGCUGAAGGAAGCAAGAUCACUGCUGAUGUUUACCUCCCUCCCCACGCGGGUUCUCCGCAGAAAUACCCAGUUGUCAUUGACAUUCAUGGCGGUGCCUUUAUGCUCGGCCAUUCGCGCAUGGUGUCUCUACCGCAAGUGAAAGAUUGCCUGGAGCGCGGGUGGAUCGUUCUUGUUCCUAAUCAUCGGCUUUGUCCUGGCGUCGAUCUUCUCAAUGGACCCAUGCAAGAUAUUCGCGAUCUCUUGACAUGGGUAUAUGAUGGAAGCCUGGACGCGGCCUUGGGGGACGAGAAGAUGUAUCAAGUAGAUACGGAGAACGUCGCGGCUUUUGGGACGUCAUCUGGCGGUACACUCGCAUUGGGUCUGGGCUUUGAUGUCCCCAAGCCUGCCAAAGCGAUUCUCUCCUUAUAUGGCGCUGUGCACUUCAACGACCCAUAUUGGACAAAGCCCCUUCCUCAUGUGGGCGCGAAGCUUCCUCCGGGUUUAUCAGACGCGUUUCUGAAUCGCAUUUAUGAUGAACGGCCUGUUCCAACAGACAGCUCGGUCUCUCUUGAGGGACAGACCGAGUCAGGCGUCUCCAAAGGUCCAGAUUUCUCUCGACCACGCGACGCAUUCGCAUUCACGCAAAUUGCCUCUGGCACGGUGCUUUCAGCAAUCUAUCCGCAGUCCAAGACAGUCGAUCGGACUUUUCAAAAGGUUGAUCCAGUCCAGAAUGUCACGCCUGGGUUUCCGCCAACCUGGAUCGUGCAUGGGCAAGCAGAUACAAUGGUACCUAUUGACUUGAGUCGGGAGCUGCUCAGCAACUUGAAAAAGGCAGGCAUUCAGUGCGGUAUGACGGAAGUGCCGAAUGAGGAGCACACGUUUGCUGCGACGAUGAAGGUUGGGUCGGAAACUUGGUGCUUGCAACGGAAGGGAUUUGACUUUCUCGAGGGAAUCAUCGGGAAGGGGCCCACGUCAGGCUGA